AUGGUCAAAGAGACCAAACUUUACGAUUCGUUAGGCGUAUCAUCGACAGCCACGCAAGAAGAAAUCAAGAAAGCAUAUCGCAAAGCAGCGCUCAAAUGGCACCCGGACAAGAACAAGGACAACCCGCAGGCAGCCGAGAAGUUCAAAGAAUGCUCGCAAGCAUACGAGAUCCUCUCCGACCCCGAGAAGCGCCAGACAUAUGAUCAGUACGGCCUCGAAUUUAUACUGCGCGGCGGCCAGCCUGCGCCAGAGGGUGCUGACCCCGGAGGCAACCCCUUCGCUGGCGGCGGUGGCUUCCCCUUUGCUGGCGCUGGAGGUAUGCCUGGCGGCGGUGGCGGCGCGCGCACAUUCCACUUCUCGACUGGCGGCGGUGGGGGCGGUGCCAACGGCUUCAACUUCUCGAAUCCAGAGAGCAUCUUUUCCGAAUUCUUUCGCAGCGGCGGCGGCGGCGGUAUGGGCGGCGACGACGACGACUUCGGUGGGUUUGGAAUGGGCGGCAUGCCCGGUGGCAUGGGGGGCUCGCGCGGUGGCAGGGCGCCAGGAGGUCGGUUCUCGGGAGGCAGGAGGGCGCCCGAGCCCGAAGUCACAGUCGUUGAGAAGCCGCUGGCGAUCACGCUUGAGGAGCUGUUCAAUGGCACAACGAAGAAGCUCAAGAUCAAGCGGAAGACGUUCGACCAGGCCACGGGCAAGCAGAGCACGCAGGACCGGAUCCUGGAGGUACCUAUCAAGAAGGGCCUGAAAGCCGGCAGCAAGAUCAAGUUCUCCGACGUCGGCGACCAGGUCGAGGGCGGGACACAGGACCUGCACUUUGUCGUUGCGGAGAAACCGCACACCCUCUUCACCCGCGAAGGCGACGACGUCAAGCGCACCAUCGAACUCGACCUCAAAGAAGCCCUGACUGGCUGGCGGCGCACCGUGCAAACAAUCGACGGCAAGCAAUUGAGCGUGGGCAGCAGCGGGCCUACAGGCCCUACCUGGACAGAGCGCUACCCCAACCUCGGCAUGCCUAAGAGCAAGAAGCCCAACGAGCGCGGCGACUUCAUCGUCGGCGUCAACAUCAAGUUCCCCACUAGCCUGACGCUGCAGCAGAAAGAGCAGCUCAAGACGAUCUUGUAG